GCCUCACUGGACAGCAGUGGGCAGGGCUCUGCCCAGCUUUCCCGUUAUUCUUCUCACAGCAGCCAGAGUCUCCAGACAAGAUGGGUCACUACCGGGUUGCGGUGGCCACCGGGAGCUUUGCCUUCUCGGGCUCCGUCAACAGCGUGCAGCUGUGGCUGGUCGGGCUGCGUGCAGAGGCGGAACUGGGGAUGACGCUGUGGCCAAUUAAGGGACAGACAAUGAAUUUUGAAGUUGAUGUCUCAGAAGACCUGGGUCCCCUCGUGUUUGUGAAGCUUCGUAAAAUCCACCUUCUGGUGAAGGAUGCCUGGUUCUGCAACCACAUAACUGUCUGGGGCUCUGAGCAGAGCAUGGAGAAGGAGGUGGUGUUCCCCUGCUACCGCUGGGUGCAAGGGGAUGACAUCAUCUGCCUGCCUGUGGCUACUGCUUGGAUGAUGAGGAAUGAAGCCCAGGGCCUGUUUCAGAAACAUGCAGAAGAGGAGCUGGAGGAGAGAAGGACACUCUAUCGUUGGGCCACCUGGAAGGAAGGGAUACCCUUGUCAGUGGAUGCAGCAUCAGAGAAAGACCUGCCGGUGGAUGUGAGAUUCUAUGAGGGGAAGAAGAUUGACUUUGAGGGGACACAGGUUGCAGGAGUGAUAGAGAUUGGUCUAAAACGCCUGUACACCUGCCUGAGCUCCUGGGAUAGCUUGGAAGACUUUAACCAAAUUGUCUGGCGCAACAAGAGUGCCCUGUCUGAGAGGGUGCGCCAGUCCUGGAAGGAUGAUGACUUUUUUGGCUACCAGUUCCUCAAUGGUAUCAAUCCCACACUGCUGAGAAGGUCCACCUCACUCCCCACUAGACUCGUGAUCCCCCCAGGGACAGAGGGUCUUCAGGCCCAGCUGGAAAGAAAGCUCCAGGAGGGUCGCCUGUUUGAAGCUGACUAUUCCCUGCUGGCUGGAAUCCAGGCCAAUGAGAUCCAGGGAGAGAGGCAGCACCUGGCUGCCCCCCUAGUUAUGUUCAAGAUGGAGCCUGAUGGGAAGCUGCUACCCAUGGCCAUCCAGCUCCAGCCUCCCUGCUCUGACUCUCCAGUCCCACCACUCUUCCUGCCCUCAGAUCCCUCCCUCACUUGGCUCCUGGCCAAGGCCUGGGUCAAAAAUUCUGAUUUUCAGCUGCAUGAGCUGCAAGCACAUCUGCUGAAAACCCAUUUGAUGGCUGAGGUGUUUGCUGUAGCCACUAUGAGGUGCCUCCCAGGGAUGCAUCCCAUCUUCAAGCUCCUGAUGCCUCACUUCCGGUACACACUGGAGAUUAAUACUCGUGCUCGGACCAAGCUCAUUGCUGAUGGGGGAAUUUUUGAUCAGGUGGUGAACACUGGUGGGGGAGGUCACCUGGAUGUCCUCCGAAGGGCAACAGCCUGUCUGACCUAUCGAUCCCUCUGCCCUCCUGAUGACCUGGCUGACCGAGGGCUCCUGGGGCUUCCAUCAGCUCUCUAUGCUCACGAUGCCCUUCGGCUCUGGGACAUCAUCUCCCGGUAUGUGCAAGGAAUGGUCCAACUCCAUUAUUCAGGGGAUGAGGUUGUGCAGAGUGACCCUGAGCUACAGGCUUGGUGCCGAGAGAUCACUGAGAUUGGGCUGUGUGGGGCCCAGGACCGAGGGUUUCCUGUCUCUUUCCAGUCCCGUGCUGAGCUCUGCUACUUUGUCACCAUGUGCAUCUUCACAUGCUCAGCUCAACACUCAGCCGUUAAUCAGGGACAGCUAGACUGGUAUGGCUGGGUCCCUAAUGCUCCAUGCACUAUGAGGCAGCCACCACCAACCACAAAGGAUGUGACAUUAGAGAUGGUGAUGGCCACACUUCCCAAUGUCCAUCAGGCCUGUCUCCAGAUAACUAUUUCAUGGCACCUGGGUCGGUUCCAGCCAGACAUGGUACCCCUUGGUCAUCACAAGGAGGAAUACUUCUCAGGACCUGGGCCCAAGGCUGUACUGAGACGUUUUCAGGAUGAUCUAGAAACCCUGGAAGGGGAGAUUGUGGCCCGGAAUAAAGGCCUGGACCUGCCCUAUGAACAUCUUAAGCCAAAACGUAUAGAGAACAGUGUUACCAUCUAAGUCCAACACCUGGCUGACCACCACUCUGAUUGGGUUGGAAAAGCCCUGUUUCCUUUCCUAACCUUACUCCUUUUACUCUCAUAUCCACAGAAACAAAGACCACAAACUUGAGGCUCUGUCCCCACAUUGGACCUGCCUGCUCUUUCUCACCCCCACACUGAGGAGUCUUUCUCCAUCUGGUAUAAAGCAUGCUUAAUAUCACA